AUCAUAAUAAGUAGAAUAAAAAAAAACGAGUGUCUUCGUUACAUUAGCUGUAUAACAUCCGAUGGCUGGUAGAAGUAGGUCUUGAAGUGUUGUCCAAUCAAAUAGUAAAGUAGCCUGUACGGUGAGUAUCUUAUAGUAGAUUUGUCACGUCUUGGUAAGGAUUUGUGAGUAGCUUAAAGUUUCUAUGAGCGAACAGAAAACUGGCGCCGACUGGUGUAUUUGUCGUUUGAUUCACAAAAUUGAAUCUUAACGAAGAAUGGUACCGCUGAACACCUUUUGACUGUUAAGCUAUUGUCUUAAACAUUUGUACCUAACAUCUUAGUUGCUCAGUGGAUUAAACAAUUCGAUUAAUUACACUUUGUAUGUAAAAUUAUCACAAGCUAUGUAGUAUCUGUAAGUGUUUUUGAACCACAGCUACUCAUUUUCUCGUGAUGUUUCGCUUGCAUGAAGUGCGUGUUAGCACGAUCCUUUCAAGCAUGCUCAACUGUCUAUCGAAGGGAUCGCUGCACUAAUGAAACCUUUUACCUAGAGUGUUAACUUUCUGCCUAAAACACAUUAUGCGAACAUAAUUUAGACCCAGAAGAAAUAUGUUUAGUUGAUAAUGUUGUUUUACGUUCAUGUCAAUCAAUUUAAAUGCUUUCGUUAGUCCGUUAUUUUGGAUGUGAAAAUUCGACAGAAAUUGAUAUUGUCUACAAACGCCUACAGAUAGGAAUUUCGCUGUGGGGAUAGCUGUGGAUUUUCUCUGAAACCGAUUUUGCAAAUGUUCAGAAGCCUCACUAAUAGCUAACAACAUGUUAGGCACUCGGUGUGAUUUUUCCGAAGCGUUUUGUUGCUUAUACGUUAACCAACUAUUUUGAUGCCCAGGAAGAAUCGAUAUUAAAGUUCAAUAAAUAUGAAAUACGAAGAUAGCUCGUAUAGGUUAGCGAAAACGAGGGACCUUGGAUACCCCAAAAUCUUUUGUGCUCUUUCGUGUGCUCGUCCUUGCUUGAAUACGUUCCAGUGUUCUUUUUAGGUACGACAAAAUGGCCGUAGCCUUUUGCUCUUCGGCUGAAGAGGCUCUACACCGAAAUUUGGGGUUCUCGGCAAAGCAGAAAUCAAAUGACCAAUUUGGCGAAGAUAUCAACGAAUGCUUUGAACUUGAACGAUGCGCAAAGUGGAUCAGUGAUCAUUCGUUUAGGCGGAUUGCAUUACAAUUUCCGGAUGAGCAGUUGUCCCAAUCGGUGCGAAUAGCGCAGAAACUUGGGUCGAUGGUACCUGACAGUAAAUUGUACAUUCUGGGUGAUACUAGUUUUGGCAGCUGUUGCGUAGAUGAAGUAGCGGCCGAACACUCAGCAUGUGAAGGUGUUAUCCAUUUUGGUCAUUCUUGUUUGUCUCCCCCAUCGCGGUUAGCUACGCUUUUUGUAUUGGGGAUGUACCCUAGAGAGUGGACGAGUUUAGGUCGACAAGCAUACCGCAUUAGGUCAACACCUGAACCAUCGCUGAUUUGCAUCUCGCAAGACCCCGAGAAUCACUCUCAACGGGAAGAAGAACGGGAAGAAUUUCUUGUUAUCGUUGAUACAGAAUAUUGCUCACAAUUAGAUGCUAUUCGCGCUCAUCUCCCUUCACGUGCUGUUAUCGGAGUGCCAUUAAUUCCUGGCAACGAAGAACCGGCAAUGAUCGGCCAACAGGCCCUCAAAAGACUGUUCCCGACAUCUCGACUUUUGACAGAGUUUGGCUUAGUGCUUUGGAUAGGCAAGGAAGGCCAGGCCCUCGUCAAUGUACUUCUGCGCUUUAGCUUUGCCUCUGUUUGGGCAUAUGAUCCUGAGCACAAUACACUGCAACAACAAGGUCUAACAAUAUCGCGGAGCUUAAUGAGGCGGCGUUUUUUAGUGGAGAAAGCUAAGGACGCUCGAACUAUUGGAAUCUUAAUAGGUACACUGGGAGUGCAAAACUAUUUGCAAGUAAUCGGCCACCUUCGACAGCUCAUUCGAAAAGCGGGUCGUAAAAGUUACACGUUAGCCGUUGGAAAAUUAAAUGUUGCUAAACUUGCCAAUUUCCAAGAGAUUGAUGUGUAUGUAUAUGUUGCUUGUCCAGAAAAUUCGUUUUUCGACUCGAAAGAAUUUUACAGGCCUGUGGUAACGCCAUACGAACUUGAAGUCGCCCUAAAUCCAAAUAGAACAUGGGGCGCUCAUUUCUCCACUGACUUCAACGAUAUUCUACCAGGUGGACCGGCUUAUGUUGCGACCCCAGAAGACAUGGAGAGCUCACUGAAUUACGAGACUUCGUUGAUCUCUGGGAAAGUACGAACACUUGGAAACGAGGCUAUAUCAAAUGAGUCGACUGAAAAUAACGGAGUUCUUAGUAUAAAAGGGUCUGGCACUCUGGCCUUCUCUGGUCCUUUUGGAGCAGGCGAGAUGCUUGCUCAGCGAUCUUGGCGAGGUCUUGAUCCCGACUUAGAUGGGCCUAGGACGCCGUCAGAAAUCAAGGCUGGCCGAGCCGGUACAGCAAUGAAAUACACCCACGAAGAUCUCUGACGAUUACAUA